AUGGCAUCAUGGGCGGGGCAGCCUUCUGUGAAAGGUUCGACGGAGGCGAUGCGCAUGGCGUUGUUGACGUUCUCGAUGGCGGGUUUACAGUUCACGUGGGGCAUUGAAAUGACUUACUGCACUCCAUAUCUGCUCGCCCUUGGGCUCACGAAAUCGCGCACAUCCCUUGUUUGGAUCGCAGGACCGCUGUCGGGUCUGAUAAUGCAGCCAAUCGUCGGUGUUAUUGCAGACAGGUCGAAGUCGAAGUAUGGCAGACGGAGACCGAUCAUGAUCGUGGGUUCGUUUGUGGUGGGAGUGUUCUUGCUGGUGCUUGGAUGGGCGAAGGAGAUUGUGGCAUAUUUUGUGCAAAAAGGGGACUUCAGGAAGACCUGCACGGUUUUUGUGGCUGUGUUGGCAAUUUAUGCUAUAGAUUUUGCCAUCAAUGCUGUCCAAGCAAGUUGCAGGAGUUUGAUCGUUGAUACGUUACCAAUUGCAAAACAACAAUCUGGUAGUGCUUGGGCAAGCAGAAUGGUCUCGAUGGGCCAUCUUACAGGUUACGUGAUAGGAACAAUGGAUCUUGUUUCUAUUUUUGGAACCACCUUCGGCGAUACUCAAUUCAAGCAGUUAACUGUCGUAGCAGCGUUUGCACUGGUCUUCACUUGCGGCGUUACGUCUUGGGCUGUCAAUGAACGAGUCCUAGUAUCUGGGAGGGAUGGUGAUGCACCACUAGGUGUUUCUAUGAUCUUCAAGAAAGUCUUCAGAACCCUGACUACAUUACCACCACGGAUUCAAGCCAUCUGUAACGUCCAGCUCUGGAGUUGGAUAGGAUGGUUUCCGUUCCUAUUCUACAGCACUACCUUUGUUGGAGAAAUCUAUUUCAGGUACGACGCACCAAAAGAUUUCAAGGGUUCGAGCGAUGCUCUAGGAGACAUUGGUCGGAUAGGGAGCUUGUCCUUGGUCCUAUUCUCGAUCGUCACCACCAUAGGAGCUGUUCUACUACCCCUUCUCAUCAGAUCUCCCGACGAGCCAAACUUCACAGCCCGCCCACCAGCCGCAAUCGCAGGACUCGUCACCUCAGUCAAUAAAUGGAAACCCGAUCUGCUCACCGCCUGGAUCUACGGCCACCUUCUCUUCAGCUUCUCCAUGUUCAUGGCCCCCUUCGCGCACUCCUUCCGCUUCGCAACCUUCAUCGUCACCCUCUGCGGCUUCCCCUGGGUCAUCGCCUCCUGGGCCCCCAGCGCGUUCCUCGGCAUAGAAGUCAACCGCCUCUCUGCCUCCCCUGCCGCCUACCACCGCCUCUCCUCAGCCGACAACCUCGAGCUCUCCUCGCCGCUCCGUCUCGAGCACGGCCCCGACGAGAAAGACGACCCGGUGAACUCCACAGGCGAGCUCUCCGGCCUCUAUUUCGGCAUCCUCAACAUCUAUACCACGAUCCCGCAGUUCAUCGGCACGAUGAUCAGCACGGUCGUCUUUGCGAUCUUGGAGCCGGGGAAGAGCCCCGAGUUGGCGCAUGAUGCGGAUCCGAGCGAGCAUCAUAGUACGGAUGGGCCGAAUGCGAUUGCGGUUUGCUUUUGCAUUGGGGCGUUUAGUACGAUUGGGGCGGCGUUUGCGACGAGGAAGUUGAAGAGACUGAUGGUGGAUGUGGGGGAGAAGUAA